AUGACCUUAAUCAGUGAUCUUAGUUUCAUUCAAAAUAUACUCACACGUUAUGUUUUAACUGUCUGUUAUGCAUUAGGAAUACUCGGUUCAAUCUUAAAUCUACUUGUUUUCAGUCAGAAGAAAUUUCGGAAGAAUUCAUGUUCAAUUUAUUUUAUUGCAACAUCAAUUUUCAGUUUAUUAGCUAUUCUAUUUGGAAUGACUUCAGUGAUUAUAGAUUCGUAUUUACCAGACAACGCGUCCAAGUAUUCAAUUACAUUUUGCAAAAUGAAGGCAUAUCUCAUACAUGUAUUUCUAAUGUUAUCUCGGUCAAGUGUAGCACUAGCAUGCGUGGAUCGAUUUGCUCUAUGUUCGCAGAAUAUUUUUCUCCGUAAUCUAUGCCAACGUCGAAUAGCUUUGAUCCUAAUCCUUGUCAUCUGUGUUCUAUGGAUAAUCAUUCCAAUCCAUGUGAUCAUUUAUGCUAACAUACAAUCCGCUAGUCGAUGUGGUACGGCAGGUGUGUAUCAAAUCGUCUAUAGUAUCUAUACAACUAUUGCCACUUCAGCACCAUUAAUCAUUAUGAUUAUAUUUUCGAUUUGGGCUAUUCAAAAUAUUCACCAAUCUCAAAUUCGUACUCGACCAGCGUCACGUAUUCGAAAUGCACAUCCAGAUUCAGCGCUGAGAAUUAAGCGACGCGAUAUUCAACUAGUCAAAGUUUUGAUUAGCGAAGUCGUUUUUUAUGUUCUCUCGACAAUUUGGUUUCCAUUGACUACAAUAUAUCUGACAAUUACGGCAGAUAUAUCUAAAACAGCCGAUCGCUUGGCCGUGGAAGAUUUCAUUCGCUAUUUAGCAGUUGGUUUUCUUAUAUACCUUAAUUCAUGUUCAAUGUUUUAUGCACAUAUUUUAGCAUCGAAACCAUUUCGACAAGAGUCUCAGCAGUUAUUUUUGCCUUUUUGUCAACAAUCUCCGCAUGAAAGAGGUUUUCGAGGUACAUCAAUCAUUUCAAAGAAUAGAGAACGACUCAAGUACAUUUACAACCAUUAA